AUGGCUUUUUCUUUUUAUAUAGUAAUAACAUGGUUCGAACAAGCCGCAGGAAUCGGGUCCGCAAAAACAUACACUGCACUCGCACUACAGACAAUCUCGAAGCAGUUCCGCUGCUUGAAAGACGCAAUCUUGGGGCAGAUCAGAUCAGCCAGUAAGAGCCUCGGUGAGGACGACGUCGUCUUGGAAUCGGGCAGAAUCGAAGGUUCUUCGUCUCGGCUGAAAUACGUCGACAAUCAAAUCAGGCAGCAAAGGGCAUUGCAGCAACUGGGAAUGAUCCAGCACAAUGCAUGGAGACCCCAACGCGGGUUGCCCGAACGCUCGGUUUCCGUUCUCCGAGCUUGGCUUUUCGAGCACUUUCUCCACCCUUAUCCGAAGGAUUCGGACAAGAUCAUGCUUGCUAAGCAGACAGGGCUUACCAGGAGCCAGGUGUCUAACUGGUUCAUCAACGCCCGCGUUCGCCUCUGGAAGCCGAUGGUGGAGGAGAUGUACACCGAAGAGAUGAAGGAGAACGAGAAGAACAACAACGGAUCAUCCGAAGAUGACAAGAUCAUCAACAACAACAUCAACAACAAAACCGAACACCACAACGAAGAAUAUUCCACCCCAAAAUCCACCGCGCCACUACAAGACAAAAGCCCACAGCAGCAGCAACAACAACAACAUCAGAACAAGAGUUUUGUUAUCUCGAGACAAGACAACAACAACAACAUGAACAUUUCCGGUUUUAACCUAAUCGGAUCGUCUUCAGAAAUCGAGACCGCCACCAUCGCCCGAGAAAGCCCCAAGAAACUCCGAAUCUCCGACAUGCUAAUGUCCAAAUCAAGCGACGACGCGGAAAACGAGAGCAUGUCGAGAGAUGGAGGGUUCACUUUAAUGGGUGGGCCCACGAAUUUCAUAGGCGGGUUCGGAUCCUACGCAAUAAAUGAACUCGGGCGGUUUGAACCGGACCAUUUCCAACAACACCCCUACUUGGGAAACGGGGUUUCUCUCACACUAGGGCUCCCGCACUGCGACAACCAACUCACCAUGUCGUCAGUGCCACACCACCACCACCACCACCAGGCAUUCAUGCCGACGAAUCAAGGCAUGCAAUUAGGGAGAGGAGUUGAGAUCGGCGAAACAAACGAUUACGUUGGAAUGAACGCACAACAACCGAACACCCACCCGACCAAUGUGUACGAAAACAUCAACAUUCAAAACCGGAAAAGGUUUGCCGCGCAGUUGUUGCCGGACUUUGUAGCUUGAGGGGGUUUCUAAUCUUCUUCUUCUUCACUAUUUUUUUUUCUCCAUUUUUUCUUUAGUAAUAGGAAGAAAGGGGAUUAAUGCAUGAUAGUGUAGAUAAGGAAAGAAAAGAUAUAUAUAGUAUAGUAUAGGUAUAUAUAUAUUUAUAUAUAAUAUAUUAUUUAUAUAUGUAUGCAUACAUGAUAUUUAAGGAGAACCAAUAUUGGGUUCUUACGUGCAGCUUAGGUUGUUAGGGGGGCAUAUAUAUGGUUGGGGAUUAUAUUGUAUAUUAAUUUUUGAUUCUGCAGGUAAAAUACAUGAUUGUGAUAAUGUAAUGUAAUGUAAUGUAAUGUGGAGGAUAAAACUAGUUUAUUUUGGGGGUGGUAUAGAAGAAUAAAGAGUGGUUUUAAAUUUUUUUGUGCAAAUUUUAAUUUGAUGAUGUUGUCUAAACACUUGAUUAUUGUUUGUUUAUAAUGGCAUUGAAGUAAUUAAAAAUUUUUGCUGC